AUGACAGUAUCCUAUAGUCAUCGGAGGUCAUUACGUCGCAUAGAGGAAGCUAAGAGAAAGGCUCGUCCAGGUUUGCGAAAAUUUCAGUUGUUUGCUGGUGAUGCUCAAAAUCAGGUUCUAGAACUCAACCAUUUUGGCUGGGACACACUUGGUCUUGCGGAGAAGUUCACACUUUCAGAAUGUCGUGAGAAUAUUGUGAGAGUGGAUGGUUCAAAGCUUCCUCUCAACGAAUUUCGCGAGCGGUUUGAACGUCCUCGCAUACCAUGCAUAAUUACUCACCUUACUGAGAGUUGGCAAGCCAACGAGAAAUGGACCACUUCGAGGAUCGCGAGAAAGUAUCGAAAUCAACGUUUCAAGUGUGGUGAGGACGACGAUGGAUAUUCAGUAAAAUUAAAGAUGAAGUACUAUGUAGACUACAUGCUGAAUAGCCACGACGAUAGUCCACUAUAUAUAUUUGAUAGUGGGUUUGGUGAUCGUCAUAAGACGAAAAAGCUUCUUGAUGACUAUGUAGUGCCUCAUCUAUUCAGAGAUGAUCUUUUCGAUUACACAGAUCAUAGGAAACGUCCUCCUCAUCGGUGGUUCGUAAUGGGACCAGCGCGAUCUGGUACAGCUAUCCAUGUUGAUCCACUGGGCACAAGUGCUUGGAACGCUCUGAUUAGGGGACAUAAGCGAUGGGUCUUGAUUCCACCCGAUGCUCCUCGAACUGUGGUUAAACCAUAUCAAUCAGAGAGAGGUAAACAUCCUGACGAGGCAGUUACAUGGUUUAUGACUGUGUAUAAUCGUGUACGGUCAUCUUCAUGGCCUAAAGAAUAUCCAGUGAUCGAGGCUCGCCAAUGUCCUGGCGAAAUAAUGUUUGUACCAUCUGGAUGGUGGCAUGUGGUUGUCAACGAGGAUGUCACUAUCGCCGUUACUCAGAAUUUUUGCUCCGUUGUUAACUUGCCUCAAGUUUGGCCGAAAACUGUGAAGGGCAGGCCAAAACUUAGCAAACAUUGGUUUAAGAGGCUCAACUACGCACGCCCUGAAGUUAUUGCUAUAAUGGAACAGUCGAUGAACGGUCCUUCUGAAGAAGAUUCUAGUAGUGAUUCGUCUUCCAGUAGUUCUAGCAGCGACGAUGACACUAGUGUUGACGAAAACUGUACUACAAAUGUGUGCCCAGAAAGACCAAGAAAGAGGUAUAUAGUCUUCAUUUUUCAGCUAGUGAUGUACUGUUGUUAA